UCUCAGUUCGGCUGGAUCUCGUUAUCUCUUUCUCUUCUCGCCUCUGUUGUCCCUCCUACCGAAACCACUUCCCGCCAUGCCGCCGCCGCCGCCGCAGCGUCCAGUCCCCUCCCCCGCUGGGCGGGCUAACCUAUUUUCCUGUCCUCCCCCUCCCCCUCCUAACCGCCACAAUCCCAAGAACCGCGCCGUCCCUCUACUUCCCCUCCCACCUCGCCGCCGCCACCCCGAGAACCAUCACGAGCAAUCUUUCCAAGAACAAGCGGCAACGCCGGCUCCAAGAACCACCCACACCAACCCCGCCUUCCGCGCACCCCACCUGCGUACCUCCUACCGAAAACCCGUGCCCCCAGCCGCAGCCACAGGCAAGGGCGAGACCCUCCUCAGAACCGACCCCACUGACGCCGCCGCCGGGCGCUCUGUCGUCGUAGGCCCUUCCGGUGUCACAUUCCGUCUCCCCGGUGCUCCGUUCGACUUUCAGUUCAGCUACUCCGAGGCGCCCCGCGCCGCGCCGCUGGCCAUCCGGGAACCCCCAUUCCUGCCUUUCGCCCCGCCGACCAUGCCGCGGCCGUGGACCGGAAAGGCACCUCUGCUGACCAAGGAAGAGAAGGCCCGGCGAAGAGGCGUGCGGCUGCACACGCCGCUUGGCCAGGAGCCGCCACGAACGGUGAGUCCGCACGGGAUCAUGAUGGAGGUGAGGGGGAGGAGGCAGCUGGACUUCGCCAGGGUGAGCCCCGGCGACGGAAGGAGCCGGGAGGAGGUUCUAGGGGAGCCACUCACCUCAGCCGAGGUGCGUGAGCUCGUCAAGCCUCAUAUGUCGCAUAACCGGCAACUCAACAUUGGAAGGGAUGGGUUGACCCACAACAUGUUGGAGAUGAUACAUUGCCAUUGGAGGCGCCAGGAGGUCUGCAAAGUGAGAUGUCGAGGAGUACCGACUGUUGAUAUGGACAACCUUUGUUAUCACCUUGAGGAGAAAUCAGGUGGAAAGGUCAUUAAACGAGUAGGUGGAGUUGUUUUCUUGUACCGUGGACGAAAUUACAACCCACACACCCGUCCUCGUUAUCCAUUAAUGCUUUGGAAGCCAGCCACUCCUGUUUAUCCAAAACUCAUCCAGCAAGCUCCUGAAGGACUUACAGUGGAAGAAGCAGCUGAAAUGAGAAGGAGAGGACAGAUUCUACUGCCAAUUUUAAAGUUAGCAAAAAAUGGAAUAUAUAUCAAUCUUGUAAAGGAUGUUCAAGAUGCUUUUGAGGGAAAUGAUCUGGUGAAGAUUGACUGCAAAGGUUUGGAACCAAGCGACUACAAAAAGAUUGGGGCAAAACUGAGGGAUCUUGUUCCUUGCGUCCUUUUGUCAUUUGACAAGGAGCAGAUAUUAAUCUACAGAGGCAAAGGAUGGAAAUCCAGAUAUUUGAAGCCUCUCACCCCCGUUCCAAAAGUUGAAAAGAACAAUCUGGCAGUGUCAUCUGUUGUGGAUAGCUCAGGUGAAUCCGCUGGUGCCAGCAACAAUGUGACAAUAAGAGAAGUAUUGAGACCCAGAAUGUUUAAACUGUGGAAGCGUGCAAUAGAGUCAUCCAUAGCAUUGUCGCUAGAUGACGAUGAAGCCAAUGCACUUGCACCUGACACGCUUCUUAUGAGGGUUGAGGAGUUCAGUAUCACAUCGCAGGCUGUGGAGCAUUCAUUCCCAGCUUUGCUCGUGGGCAAUGGUAAGGAGGGCCCUGAAGCUCUAAAUGAGCCUGGUGAUGGAAUCAUUAGACCCCAAGAAAAUCAGUUUGAGAAAUCACUUUAUGCCGGCAAUGAUGAUCACUUUGAAUACGACAUGCUCGAGCGUCUGGAGCCAUCAGCGCCACUGGGGUCAUUACUGAUCGACUCCGUCAUAGAGCAGUUGAACAGCGAGUAACAGCGAUAGAUGCCGUCAUUACUGGGAGUUCAGGCUAAAUGGCUAAUGAAGCUGUUGAAGCAUUGGGUAAUGAUCAAAAUACACCUGGACCGGCAUGCUCGCAUUGUAUAUCCAUUUUCCCCGUUCCUCCAAACUCUAGGCUGGAUGAUUGCAAAUGUGAUGAUUGUAGUCAGCAAAGAUACCCUUUUUAUGUAAAGGAGACUAGGAGAGCGAAACCAUAUCCAUGAUCAAUAUACCCUGUGAACAAAUGCAAGACGUUUUAGGUCACCGAAGUAGUUUGGUGCUGCUUUUUCUGAAAAUUUCUUAUAAUUCUGGAUUUGCCACGAAAA